GUUUAGAUGUUUAUUUGUGCUAUGAAAUCGUCGUGUUUUAGUAACUUAUAGAACAUAAUAAGUAUUGUAGAUUUCGUAUUUUGUUAUCAAUAUAAAAAAUGUACUAUCAUACAAAAUAUACUUUCUUUUAAAAUCAUGAGCCGAAAUCCAGAUAUAUUGUUUAUGGCCGAAUAUAUUAAAAAUGUAUUGUAUUUUGCUACAGUACGACAAGGCAAAAUGUUGAAAAAUACAGCUGAAAUACAUUAUUUUUGCAUAGAUAAUGAUUUAGUAUACGAAAAUUAUUAUUCAGAUUUUGGGCCAUUAAAUCUUGGUUGUGUUUAUAAAUACUGUAAAAUAUUGAGUGACAAAUUAAAACAAUAUUUAAAUAAACAGAUUAUUGUCCAUUACACAUCAACCGAUUCGAAGAAAAAAACAAACUCGGCUUUUUUGCUGGGAUGUUACGGUGUGUUAUAUCUAAGUUUAACUCCUAGAGAUGCCUUGAAACCACUUACAGUACACGGUCAAAAUUACAGACCAUUUCAAGAUGCCGUACAAGGUGAUUCAUCCCACACGAUAAGUAUUUUAGAUUGUUUACAAGCUAUAAGGAAGGCACAAGAUUUGGGUUUCUUCAAUUUCCAGGAUUUUAAUUAUGAGGAUUAUGAUAGGUUGGACAAAAUACAAGGCGGUGACCUCAAUUGGAUAGUUCCUGGUAAAUUUUUGGCAUUUAUCGGUCCAGUAGACUGUAGUGUCUCCUUGUAUCAUCCACCUGAAAUGUACAUAGAUUAUUUUCUCAACAAUAACGUUAAAAUUGUUAUCAGACUUAACAAACGAUUAUACGACAGCAAUAUUUUCAGUAAUGUCGGCAUUACGCACUAUGAUUUGUUUUUCCCGGAUGGUUCUUGUCCACCUCGGCACAUACUGUUCAAGUUUUUACAGAUUAGCGAAGAAGAGGAUGGAGCUGUUGCUGUCCACUGCAAGGCAGGUCUUGGUCGCACGGGGUCGCUGAUCGGCUGUUAUCUUAUGAAACAUUACCGGAUGACAUCUCACGAAGCUAUAGGUUGGAUGAGAAUCUGCAGACCUGGAUCGGUGAUUGGUCAUCAACAGGAUUGGCUAGAACAAUUGGAACCAUGGCUGCUAAAACAAGGCAAUCUUUAUAGAAAACGCUUUUAUCAAGAUACUGAGAAAUUUCCCACACACGAAUUUGGAGUAUAUUCGAUUGCUGAAAAAAAACAUAAACAAAAACCAGUGAUAUUCCAUAAAUCACCAUCACCUCCACUACCUAUGCAGAGACAAAUACGAUCAGAAUACAUACCACAUAGACCACAAGCCUCUAAGCCUCGUCGUGAAGCUUCUUAUAAAGCGCCCGAAAAGGAGCCAAGUGACUGGCGUGUAAGGAUUCAAAAAAUGCCAAACAGCCCAAAGGUGCAACGUAGCGGGGAUCAAAAUGACGUGGGCGGUGUUAUGUCACGUCGCGGUUGCAGUGCUGGUGACUCACGAGGCCGGCUACUUUUACGGGGUAGCACUGCUAAAUCUCAAGUGCAACGACAUAAUUCUUCUAAUAAUUUCUUGAUGAAAAGUAGCAUAUAUAAAGACAAACGAGAAAAACAGUUAAAUGCUUCAAUAACAAUAACUCCCCGAUAUACAAGUCGGGUAUCAAAUUAUCCAGAAAAUACUGGACCUGAGAAUAAUACAUUAUCAUAUUUCACACCUUCAUCUUUUAACACAGUAACAAGAGGUCCUACUCAACCACAAUGUCGUCGGCGUCUUGGCCGAAGCCCGAGUCCGCCACAAAUCUGCUGUGGGCAAACACGUGCCACAAACACACCUGUAACAUCAGAAAAGUUUCUUGUAAGAGAUACUUCAAAGUCGAGAUUAAGAGAAGCAUUAUCCAGAUUAAAAUUGACGGGAUCACGCGACGGGUCUAUUGGCGCGGGGUCAGUAGGUGCGGCUUCGCUGGGGGCUCGCCGUGACGCACCGACGCCCAAACGGGCCCCCAGAGUCCGCUCCGAUGAACGACCUAUUGCGACACAAGGCGACAUGCUUAAUAGCAUUAAGUUUCAAAGAAGACUCCGCGAUUCUCUUCGCUCAGAAAAACUUAAUACUUUAUAUAACGAGAAACUUAGUGCGCUGAUUAAGGACAAAACUAGUAUAAAGAAUGUGAAUUCUAAGACUAAUGCUGGGCCAAGGCAAGGAUUUAAUCAAGAAUUCAGGGUCCCCAGAGAAAAAUUAAACGCUGCUUCGAGAGGCUUCUGCAGUCCGCCGCGGCCGAGCUCGCCGAAGGGCAGACGGACGAUUCACAGCACUUUUUACUAGCAUCCGCGUGUGGCCAUCGAAAUUGUUUUCGAAUGUGAAUGAAGACAAUAAAAUCCAAGAUUUAUUUACAAUUUCCUUUUAUUUUUACCAAUUUCAAGUGCGUCCCACCAGUCACACACGACUCAUAGCUUAAUGAUAAACGUAGUUUUUAGUGU